AACUAGUACCCACCGGUGGGCUUAUGGUCUUUCUGAACAAGGAUUCCCACGAAUUAGGGAUAAAAUCCCUAAUUUUAACAUGCUUCAUUCUUUGUUCUCGAAACCGCAAGUCACAUCUGGAAAAUUUCUCAUCUGGAAACGGUUCAUCCUUUGGACUGUGGGUUUAGCAGACUUUAAAUUAUCCAUCUCCAAAGAAGUUAUCCAUCUGGAAACGAUGGUUCAGUAGUGGGUGGAGUAGUCGUCGUUUUCGACGGAGGCGGUGCAGAAGCUGGCAAAAUUCCCUGACUCCAGUUUCUUAUCGGACCCAACAGAAUUGAAAUUCCCAUCUUGAACUUUACUGAAGCUGCAAUCUAUGCUCGAUGGUAUCGAUUCCAAGCUAUAGCACUCACCUAACCAGUCAACAUCGUUGGACCCAGUCCUCUGAGUGGCAGGGAUGGCGCUCUCUUUUCCAAGAUUCGAGUCGUGCUUUGGCUUCUUCGCUGGACGGUGGAUAUUGUUGUAGGGCUUGAGUGGGUUUUUCUAGGAAGUAGUGGUGAGGAGUUUUCUAGAAGCUGGAGGGAGGAGGGAUGAGAUCUGGGUUGGGGGAACCUAGAAAUCAUUGCUGUCAUCGUUGAUCUGUGCAAGUACUUAUAGUUUAUACCUUAAUUAAUUAGUCUAGUUUUGGUUUGUGCAAUUUUGUUGUUCUGAUCAGGAGGAUUGAAGGUCGAAAUUGUUUAUUGGAAAUUCUAGUAGUUAGUUGCAAUCAGUGUGAAGUUUGAAUUUGAUAUGAAUAUUUUUGUGAUUUUUAUGAGCUUUUAGAGAAUUUUUGGUUCCUCUAAUCGGAUCCUAUGAUUCAUUCAAGAAAAUUUCAAUUUUUGU